AUGAAGAACAAGUUGAGGUCACAACAAUCACAUUCACAGAAACAAGGAAUGAGUAAUUUUGAUAUGAAACAAAGAGUACUAACCACAUUAAACAAAGUCGGCGACCGCGAUACGCAUCAAAUAGGAACCAAUCAGCUUCGCGCGAUCCUCAACUCUUUAACUCCUCAACCUAUAUCCCCGCUCCUCUCGUGCAUACUCGACAUUCACUCUGAACAGAAAACAUCUAUCCAUAAACAAUGUAUCAAACUCAUGGGAACAAUGGCGGAAGUUUACGAAGCUCUAGUCCUUCCAUAUCUUUCCAAAAUGGUUGCCACAAUUGUUAAAUGCUUUAGGGUUUCAGAUUCUUCGGUCCGAGAAUCCUGUGUUGAAAUGGUUGCGGUAGUAGCUUCUAAAUUGGGUAAUCAAAAUAAUGAAGAUAAGGUGUUUGUGUUAUUGGCUAGUCCACUUUUCGAAGCGCUGGUUAGUGACCAGAAUAAGCAUGUUCAGUCUGCUUCUGCUUUUUGUCUUGCUACUGUUAUUCACAACACGCAUAGUCCUCCUAUUUCGAUUUUGCAUAAAAUGUUGGUUAGGAUUCUUAAGUUGCUUAAAAAUCCACAUUUUAUGGCUAAACCUGCACUCAUUGAGUUGAAUAGGAGUAUCAUUCAGGCUGGGGGAGCUUUUACGCAAAGUGUUUUGACUACUGCUGUUGCUGGUAUUAGGGAGGCCUUAAAAGAUACUGACUGGAAAACCCGGAAAGCGGCUUCUGUAGCAUUGGGACAAAUUGCUUUGAGUCGUGCGUCUUUGUUGUUGUCUUUAAGUCCUUCUUGUAUUCAUUCUCUUGACUCCUCAAGGUUUGACAAGGUCAAACCGGUUAGGGAUGCUGUUUUGCAAGCUCUUAAUUGGUUAUAG